UUGGCGGCGGCGGAGCGGGAGCUGCCCAGACGCGGCGGAUAUGGCCGAGGUACCGCCGGGGCCUAGCAGCGUCCUGUCCCCGCAGGGGGACACGCUCUCCCCCUUCCCCGGAGGAGGAGGAGGGGGGGCUGCUUCCUCCUCCUCCUCCUCCUCUGCCACCUCCUAUGCCGCCGCCGCCGCCGCCUGCACCGGCGCCCAGGACGAGGAGGCCGAAGAGGAGGAGGAAGAGGAGGGACCCGCGGGCGGACGGGAGCAGCAGCAGCGAGGAGGAGGAGGAGGAGGAGGCAGCGACGGCGGCAAGGGGGGCCCGCAGCACCGCCACCACCACCGCCACCACCACCACCCCCCGCACCACAACCACCAGCUCAACGGCCUCAUCAGCCCCGAGCUGCGGCACCUGCGGGCCUCCCUCAAGGGCAAGAUCCUCGGCUCGGAGGCAGGGACGGCCCCCGAGGGGCUGGAGAACAAGCGAGCCAGCAAAACAAUGGGCUCCGGACAGCAGCAGUCGUCGCCCCCCACCGCAGCGCCCUGCUCGUCCCCCCACGCCAACCACCUCCCUCCCCAGGGAAGGACUGCACCCUCUCCUCCUCCUUCUCCCCCAGCUAAAGGGGACAGGAGCCAGCCUGCUGCCACAACCACGACUGCUGCUGCUAAGACUGCAGCCCGCAAUGGGCUGGCGGGAGAGACUGGCUUGGAGGAGGAAGAGCAGGAGGAGGGGGAUGAAGGAGGGGAGGAGGAGGAGGAGUCCCUGCAGCUACUCUCCGGGUCCUUAGCAGCAGCCUGCAGUUUGAAAGGCUCGGGAACGGACUGUCAGCCCGAGGAGGACCUAACGAUACGAUACGUCCAGUAUGAGUCAGAGCUGCAGAUGCCCGAUAUCAUGAGACUGAUCACCAAAGAUCUGUCUGAACCCUACUCCAUUUACACAUAUAGGUAUUUUAUCCACAACUGGCCACAACUUUGCUUUUUGGCCAUGGUAGGUGAGGAGUGUGUAGGUGCCAUCGUCUGCAAGCUGGAUAUGCACAAAAAGAUGUUCCGCAGAGGUUAUAUAGCCAUGUUAGCAGUGGAUUCCAAAUACAGAAGAAAAGGAAUUGGUACAAACUUGGUUAAGAAAGCUAUUUAUGCUAUGGUUGAAGGAGAUUGUGAUGAGGACUUCUUUUAGGUGAGAGAUAAGUUGGUAAGAAGCUCCUUUAUAAUAUAAGGGAAAACAACCUCUGAAAAAAUAAGUAUGGCACAAAUAGGAGAAGGACUUUCUGAAUUUGUCCUAAGUGCUGAAAUUCAGUAAUUUACCUUGUGAAGCUGCCUCAGCCUUCACUCAAACCAUUUUCGUUCAAGGGCCCCAGUUUGAGGUGCAGCUGAGCAGUGGGAUGAGCAUGUCCUGUGCAGCCCUGCCAUCCCUGUGCACACAGCCACAGAACAGUGUGUGCUGUGCUGCUGAGAAUGUGGAUUUAUCACAGCCACUCAUCAGGCUGUUCUGACACUGCACAGAGCAGAGCUGCAGUGGGUUAACACCACGACACAGACGUGCAAGGAGAGCGACUGAAUCACUGGCAAACUUCCUUGCCCUAAAAGCUGU